CAGAUAUGUAUCGAGCAGCACUACGAUCUUUUGAGCUGAAUGCUAAUAUGCUCAGAUUUCUGCAUUAUAAUACAUGUUUUGGCUUCUCUGAUCUGAAUUUAUGUGUGUGGUUUUGGACUGCCGAAUCGAAUCUUCUUUGUGUGAGGAACCAAUUAUUUUUGACAGCUGUUCGAAGUUAACAUAUUGUGAGGAAAAUGUCUGCUAUAGAAGAAAUAUUGAAAGUGAAGAAAGUGAGGAAUAACAAAGGAGAAGAAGUCGAUGUUUCGUCGUUCUGUGGAAAAGAUAAAUAUGUCGGUUUGUAUUUCUCUGCCCACUGGUGCCCACCAUGUAAAGGUUUUACACCUGUUCUUGCUGAAUUUUAUAAUAAAUUGAAUGCAGAAGGAAAAAAAUUAGAGAUUAUAUUCAUUAGUUCAGAUCGAAGUGCAGAGGAGUUUAAAAAUUAUUUUGAUAGCAUGCCAUGGUUAGCAAUUGAUAUAUCUGAAACUGAUAUAACAAAACAGAUAAAGGAGAAGUAUGGAAUUCGUGGAAUACCUAAUUUUACCUUAUUAGAUGGUGAAACAGGAGAAACCAUCCACCAAAAUGCAAGAAAUGAAGUGACCUCUGAUACCGAAGGAAAAAAUUUUCCAUGGAAGUAAAAAUUUAAUACAUGUAUAGGCCUAUGCAUAUAAUAUUGUCAUUACAAUAGUUGGUAUUUUUCAUUUUUGUGAUAAAAGUAAAUGGAAAUGUUGAUGUUUCGUGUGUAUGCACAAUGCAGUUAAUCUCAGCAUUUUUUUUUCUCUAUUUUUUCAAUGUUAUUAGGUCUGUUUUUCUUUGUUUAAGUUUAAACCAUUGUGAGUCUGUUAUUAUUUUAUCAUAUUGACAAUUAUUGUCGGAUUUAUUAUUAUAGAAUUAUUUAUUAACAUUACAAAUUUUCUAUCUCAAAAUAUAGAUAUUUUUAUUGAU